AUGGAGCAUUGGGCAUUGUGUGUCCUGCCUUCUGGGAGUGAUGCAGUUCCAUCUGAUCCAUCAGCCCGAGAGGCCUUCUUGAAUGCAGACUACUUCGAUCUUGGCGUAUCGAGACAUUCCAUCUUCCGCAUGGUCAGCGGGAGUGACUCAUAUAUGAGUUUCAUUCAUUCUAGCCCGAAGCGGGAACCAGCCGCAAUCAUGGAUAUCUCGAGUGCUCUAGAGAUAGGGUCGACCGGAAGAUCAAACGAUUGGAUCUUGGAGCGAGCCCACUUCCUGGUCCAUAACUGGGGGACCUAUCGGCCUAUUCUAUGGAACUGCCAACACUUUGCCGUCUUCAUCGCUCAGAUCACUGUUGCUACAGAAGAAUCAGCUUCAAUCAUAAGCAGAAUAAUGUCAUCCAGGCGUGAAUUUGUGUUCAACAAACGAAUACAAAGGCAUGUUGGUUGUAUGGUCGGGCUUGGUGCCUCAACCUUUGUCCCCGUCGUUGGUCCAGCAUUGGCUUUGGGCUUCUGGGCAACUGCACGCAUUCGCAUGGCCACAGAUUAUGUGAAAGAUACACAGAUUGCCUCACAAUGGAAGACAUUUGUGGGGAAAUGCGAAGAACUGCACCAGAUUUGGUUCCGGUAG